UGUACGACUUGGUCAACGUCUUCUCGUCCAUCGUUGUCCAACGCAACACGAUGAAAGGCCAGAAUAUUGUUCUCGAAACGACGGACUGGUCUACAAACGGACCAUGGAAUAGACACCGAAGACUAUUCGGCUUGAAUGAGUUUGCUGGUGAUAUCACUUCUCUUGCAAUGCAGAAGCCUGGUACCGAUGUUCGACAAAAGAUCCUUCCUCAUCAUGUUUUCCAGAUCCAGUGCAUCGUUGAUUCUCUGACAGUCUCCCGGGGUUGGUCACUUAAUAGUCUUAAAGGUCAUGUUCUCAAUCAGCCUGCGCGAGGUUUUCGUCCAAGGCGAGAUGUUGACCUCUUCUUGGACCGCCAAAAUGAGAGACUUGGUCAUGGAUAUUGCAACGCGGUUGACAUCUUGAUCCAGCUUUUCGAGAAAGAUGCUAUGCUACACGGUGACCCAAAUCGCCACAAACUGCAGUCCGACCUGCUGCGGGAGUUUCGCGAUGACCUCGUGGAUUGGCUUGGGGAAACUAAGUAUAUGUACGGCUUGACGACUAUACCUCCAUCUCGCUUCUCCAACACCAACACGAACGGUCUCUGGGAGUAUUCUCCAUUCCUUUGCGGUGUUGGGUUGAUGGAAGCACUGGAGCUUGCGUACGGUAUGAACUUAUUGAUAUGGGACAGAAUGCCAGAGCCGAUAUGUCUCAUACAUCUGCAUAAUAUGCUGGUACAGAAGGGCUAUAUUAAGCAGGAAAUCGGACUAUACGCGGCCAUGCAAGGUCUCUUCCCGACUGCAUUCUUCGCUGAUGGAAAAGCCCCCACCUCCGACUUUGGCGGAGCCUUUCUUGCAGUGUGCAGCGAGACUGGUUCUCGUCGCGCGACUUUCCAAAGGCGGAUCAUCACACGGACCGUCACUCGUACUGCAACAGAGCUCCAUGGACUCUUGAAUAUGAACAUGAAUCGUUUCUUCAAGCAAAAGUCGUUUCUCAGGCUCUAUCGCGAGGCAGACUGGGUCCCUGAGCGCAUUCCUGAUGAGGAAGUUCCUGUAUAUUCCUCGUUGGGUAUGUUCCGCAUCGGCCAGACGAAACUUGCAGUGGAUCCAGAGACAGGCAAGAAAGUAUUAGAGAAUACAGCACUUGUCAAUCGUGCAAGAUCUGCUGGAAUAGAUGAUCAGACGAUGAUUAAGAUGUCAUCACUGCUACAGGAUAGCAGCAUCGAUCAACCGCUUCCGGAAGCAGUAUUGGCUUCACUCCCCGAAGGCUACAAGAUGACGUCCUUUUCUGAAUAUAAACGUGGUAAGGGAAUUUCUGACGGCCCCCAGCUGUUGGACAUUCUCAAACUCGACCUUAUCAGCGAUAUUUCUGGCGAACACCGGCCGCUUCUUAGUCUGAACUACGUCUUUUUGACUGUACGGUUCAUGGUGCUAUUCCACCAGAUCGAGGAUGAGUUAAAGCGCCUCCGCAACCCGUUGUGGAUCCGCGCAUAUGAGCAGGAGCCAUUGAUGAUGCGAGAGAAGAGGGCGUCACUUACCACGUUAGUGCUUGCUGAAGAGGACGACGAGUGCAUGAGGGUCAUGGCUCGAGAGUUUCAGAACCCGAGAGCUGGAUGCAUGCAGCAUAUCUAUUGGGAAGACCUGGACAGCUCUGACAAGGUGAUGAGCAGUAUGCGUGCGACGAACAACGAUGAGGUCGGGCCUUCGUGUACAGUGAUGUGAGAAAGAAGUCUCGAGAUGGAGGAACUACAGCAAUGAGUUGCAUCUAUCUACCUCACUCCAUCCCAACCAUACAAGAUCCAUGUACGAAGGCCAGUCCAGCACCUCAACCCCUUGCACAUAUGUCGCAUUAUACCAUUACACUGCAAUUGCAGAUUCGAUACGCCGGACAAGUACUGUCUGU